UUAAAAAAAUUAUUUAUCAUGGAUUUAGUAAAUUUGAAAAAUACACACAUAUUGUUUGUGUUAAUUAAUGUAUUAAUCCGAGACGAGUCCUCAUCACAAUGCAAUUUGUCGGCAAUUUUCUACAUAAUAAAAUUUUCAAAAUUCUUCCUGGAUGAAAAUUAACAUUAUGAAUCUUUUAUAAUGCCGGUCAAUCAACCAAGUUGACCGCCAAGUUGUUACGUCAUCAAAAACCAUCCUUACAUUUUCCAAUGGGUUCACUUUCUUCAAAGCUUAAACAUCAUCCAGUUUCUUCGUCCACCAUGUCAUUUUCUUCACAAGAAAUAAAUUAUGAUGAUAAAUAGAGGAGAAGGCUUGAACGAUUUACAAGAGAUUCAAUUAUUAUUUCCAUACGAUAAUCUUCAUUUAGAAGAAUGUGAUCCAAUAAAUAAGAAGAAAACGUUAUAUCGAACGAAAUCCGUAACAAAUUUCCGAUUGCAAAGAUCCUUCACUAACAAGCUCAAAUUCACCCAUUCCGUGCAACCAACAAAUCAAGUAGGUAAAGAAUGGCUCACUUCUUCGGCAUUCAGAAAAGAACCUGUUCGGAAUUUCUUAAGAAGUGCAGAAGUUAUAUUCACUACAGGAAUGCAAAGGCACCAAAGACAUAUCUUUUUAUUUAACGAUCUUCUAUUAAUCGCCAAAGCUAGAUCCCCGAAAACUUAUCGCCUGAAAGAAAAAAUACCAUUAAAUGAAUUGUGGCUGGCAGAUUGUGUGGACGAUGUUUGGGAAAGUGCAUCAAUUAGCAAUAGCUCUUUUGUAAUAGGAUGGCCAACAACUAACCAAGUAAUUACAUUCAGUUCUGUGCAUCUGAAAGACAGUUGGUACUAUACUCUUCGAGAGCUCAUUGAUACAGCCAAAGAUAAGGAAAUUCCUAGAGUUCUCUCUAUUCAAGUAUCAUUUAGCAAAUCAAACUCUGAAAAUAGGCAAACGAUUUUGAAAAUAACUAGUCGCCACACAGCUCGUGACUGUAUUAUUUUAUUAUUGAAAGCAUUAGAUAGUUAUGAAGAUUAUCAUCAUUAUCGGCUCUGGACGAAAUAUGGAAAAGACGGUUCGCCCUAUCCAUUAAUAGGACACGAAUAUCCAUUUUGUAUCAAAAUGAAUAUGAUGAGAAAAUCCUUACAACGUUCGGAAAUUGGCCAGUCUGAUUCGAGAAAUAAGCCUAAAUGCUUUUUUAUAUUGAGAAAAACGUCGGAUGAUAAUUAUAAAUUAGGCGAUAAGAAGAAAACAAAAAAAUUGAAAAAAGGUCCAUUCAUUCCUUGGCCAUUCCGUCGUCAAAUUAGUAAGCAAAACGUGAACCAGGAAGAUAAGAAUUGUGUUUCCCGAGGUCAACUGUUCGGUCAGUCAUUGGAAAAAGUGUGUCAACAAAGUCUACCGAAGCCUAUAUCGGCAAUUUUAGAUCAAUUGUACGAGAAGGGACCUCAUACCGUUGACAUCUUUCGAAAAUCGGCUACAACCAAGGCAUGUAAAGAAAUGAAGACAGCUUUAGAUAAAAAUCCCGAUUAUAAAAUAGAAAUGAAGCCAACUAUUGUUUUGGCUUGUGUAUUAAAGGAUUAUUUGAGAUGUUUGCCUGAUUGUCUUCUAUCUUCUAAUUUGUAUGAGGAGUGGUUAGAAACUGUUGAUAUUCAACCAGAAUGGAAAAGAAAAGAAACUGUUACCAAUUUGUUGAAUAGAUUACCCCCUCAAAAUAUUCAACUUCUUAAACAACUUUUGUGUGUUUUAUGGAAGAUAAGUCAAUAUUCUUCAGAAAAUAAAAUGACUUCAUAUAAUCUUGCUGUUUGCAUGGGCCCUACUCUGUUAUGUCCUACUGAUCCUGGAAAGUCUUUUUUGAUGUCUGAGGAUGUAUCAAAAAAGACACCAUCAUUAGUGUGUUAUCUUAUCGAUAAUUGGCCAGUUUUAUUUCACGAAGAAUACAAUCAAAUCAUGGACGAAAGGCAGGAUUCUGGAGCGGAAGAAUCUGAUAGUUUUCACGGUGGAGGAGGUGGUUUCAGAAGAGAUGAUUCUUCAGUCGACAGUUUAGAAACAGAUUGUUUAGAAACGAGUGCGAAAAUUUCUCUUACAAAUAUAAGCCGUGAUUCUGGUCUAACUUUAAGUGACACACAAUUAUACAACGAAAACGAAGAAUGCACAAAAAGCGUUCCCCAUUUAUCUUCAAUCAGUGAAACGUGCUGUCAAGUUGUAAGAAGACGUAAGUUAGUUCGAACUGAUAAAAUACCAACCAAAUGGUGCCACAGUAUGCAAAAUCCUCAUCUGGCAUCGGAAGAUUCCUUAUUUCAAAAGCUGCCGGCCCUUCACCGUAAGGGGAGAGCUCCAUCUCCACCCAUAAAACCACUCAAAUCUUCAUCUCCUCAUCCCAGAAUAUUGUUAUACGGUCACAGAGCGGAUCGUCACGCGGUAUGGUUCACAGCUCAUUGCAGAUCACCAGGAUGGAAACGAAGUCAAUCUACCUCCCACAUCGAUCUCAUCGAUUCGGAUGGCGAUAACACCUCACCCAUGAAAGCCAACGCCGAUAUGAAGAAGCAAGAACAAUUAUCAUUAAGCGCCAAAGCUAAACAAUUAUACGAAGAAUCGGUACGACUCUAUAACGAGCAAUUAGCCGAUACCCAUAAGGCAGUAUUGGUUAAAGUAGAUAGCGAGGACAAUUUAGAUUCGUCUCCAAAAUUACACAGAUGCUUACAGAGGGCCGUCAGUGAGAGCACGUCGGUUCGGCUUCGACAUUUGCCACCGGUUCACGUGAGUGACGCUCAAUUGGCUCAACCAUUCAGAAGUCGUUCGGAAACGUGCCCUAACGAAAUCAGUUGGAGUAUUGCUCAAUUAAGGGCAAUGUUUGCGCACCCGCCACCUUAUCGUUUCCCUCCACCUCCUGUCGUUAGAACUCUUUCUUUGGACAGUAAAAAUAGCGAGGAGGAGUCGUUCGUUUAAGUUAUUUUUCCAACCGGUAACAAUUGUACAUUAAUACUAACACAUCCUGUACAGUUUUUUGUAAGUAUUCAAUUAAACUAAAUUUAAAAGUAAAAAUUUCCUUCAAAAACUUUUGCUCCAAACCCCAACAUCCUAGCCACACUUCUCAGACUAUCUAACUCUUGCAGCCUGCAGUAUACGUUGGAGCAAUAAUAGAAUGCCCUUCUAACUAGAGCUCUAAACGCUGAAAGCUUAUAAGUAUGUGGAUCAUUG